AUGAACAGUCAGGGUAUACUUUUCGGGAAUGAACUAAAUACAUUCAAGCAGUUUCACAAUGGUCCUUUAAACCAAGAGCAAGAGAUCAAUGUGUACUAUCCAUUUCAGUCUCAGGCAGAAUGGUCUUUAGCCAAGUUUCUCAUGGAGAACCUCACACAAACUCAGAUCAAGAGAUUCCUUGCUUUGCCCUGGCUGAUUUGGUGUGAUGCAGAGGAGGUUGCAAGGUCCUUGUUUGGAAACCCUAUCUUUGGUGCCAAUAUGAUGUUUGACCCUAUUCUGAUCACCAAUGCUCUUGGACAGGAGUACAGUGAAUGGUUCUCAGCAUGCAAAGCCCAUCACAUCCAAGAUUCCCUUCCGGAGGGUGCCACAAUUGUACCUAUUCUUGCUGCAUCUGACAAGACUCCUGUGACAAGGAUGACUGGAGGACUAGAAAUGCAUCCCCUCUUAAUCAUGGCAUGGACUGCUCACCUCCCUGAACAGCUAAUGAUUGCAUGCAUCUCCAAAAGUGCUUCCCCUGUCAUGGAAGCAACCCAUAAGCAGUUCAGCAACAGUCACUCCCAUUCAUCUCGUACAGGCAAUCUCACUCUCCAGCACAUCAAACAAGUUGCAUGGGGUACUCACCUGUGGAAUAAUCUGAGCUGCUUUCAAAGAGAGGUGAAGAUGAUACAGCUUAGCAGUGUCCACCUUCCAUUUUGGAGAAACUGGCCAUUUGCAGACCCCUCCAUCUUCCUUCUGCCCAAAAUCCUUCAUACAUGCCACAAGUUUUUCUUCAACCAUGUCCUCUCAUGGUGUAGAGAGUUACUUGAGGAUGACCUCAAUGUGCAAUUCAAGUGUCACUACAAAUGCAUUGCAGUGAGGCACUUUGUGGGUGGUGUUUCACACAUCAAGCAAAUGACAGGCAGAGAACACUAUGACAUCCAGCAUACCAUUGUUCCCAUGAUUGCUGGUUGUGUACCUCCAUGGUUCCUCCAUGCCAUACAUGCUAUUAUCAGUUUCAUAUACCAGGCACAGAGUCCCAUACACACAGAUGUUUCCAUGAAGGAAAUGGAAUCAUCACUUCAGGAGUUCCAUGUGCACAAGGAUGCCAUUAUUGAGGCAAAUGCCAGAAAGACAAGAUCAGCUGGUACCAAAAAUGACUUCCACAUUCCAAAGUUGGAGCUUUUUCACAGCUUUGCAGCAGCAAUUCAUAAUAACGGUGGACUAAUACAAUAUACUGCAGAUGUCAGCAAACACCUUCUUAUCACCCAUUGCAAGCGUCCAUUCGAACAUACUAAUAAGAAUAAAGACUUCAUGGAACAAGUCAUCCAAUUACUUGAUUGCAAAGAAUCUAUGCAGCAGUUUGAUGUAUACUCAUUGAUACACUCAAGUAACAUACCCCUCAUCAAUGCUGUUUCCAUGGAAGAGGAAGAAAUUGCUGCAACAGAUCCAACAUUCACAUGGGUAGGGCAUGUCCUACCUGAGGAGCAAUGGCAACUCCAUGGUCCCCACCCAGUCUGCAAUUACUUUGCUUAUGGCAUUCUCACCAAUCAUACUCAAACUGCCCUCCAUGUCAUGUCACAUUCAGAUGAAACUAAUCUGUUGCUGAACAACAUCACUGAACAAUAUCAGCUCCCCUACUUUCAAGACUGUUAUUUAGAAUUUCUUCAAUUGCAUUCCCUUGACCUCCAGUUUGACAUUUGUACUUCUGAUCACAUUGCUGUGUGGCAUAAGCUCCAUGUUCAGCUGCACUCCACAUUCCAUGAUUCUAUGAUUCUUCCAAGUCAAGUUGUUCAGGCAUUGCACCCCUCUCAGGAUUUCCCAUAUGGAAUCUAUGAUAUUGUUUUAAUCAGCCCCUCAAAUGACAGUGCAUAG